AUGCCCGACGACCAAGUCCAUCAGCAGGCCCAACACGGACCUCCUGCCUCUCCCCAGGUCGACGAGUUCGGCCUCCCUAUCCGACCUGCCCGGACGAGAACCUACGAUGAGGAAGACACAGACCAGGACGCUCCUUCCUCAACUAUUACGAACCCUAAUGCGAUCCAACAAGAUGCUUCAGAUGGUACCUCUGAGGUUCCGGACGCUCCUUCCUCGACCGAUGCGACAAUAACGAAGCCGAGUACAAGUACCAUUGAUCAACAUGACCUUGCCCAUCCUUCACCCUCAAAUGAAGCCUCCACCACCCACCCACCGUCAAAUGAGCCUGCUGCCCCAACAACAGAUCCCGUCAUUCCCGAUCAAGCCCAACAAGCUGUCAUUGUCGCCAACUCCGACUCGCUCACACAGCCCCUCGCUGGCGCAUCCGAAUGGUCACAUCAAGCUGUUACCGCUGCUCCAACCAAGGAGAAGCAGCCCCAAGAANNAAACGAGCUGGAGUGGCAGGAGAUGCCAGCCUUUGCUACCCACACCAUAUACGAUGACUGGGGCAAAGUCGUUGCGCGCGAGGUUGCCGAGCUUGAGGAAGAGGACUAUGCGUACGGCAAUGCGGCAGCCAAAGGAUACACAAGAGUCCAGCUCGAUGAUGACGUCCAAUCUGCCACCAGUAUGGACGAAGAUACCGCAUACCUCUUCAAGCCUGAAGCUGGCACCAACACCUUGGACGAAGACGACAGUCGCGACGUUCUGUCUCAGAUGCAAGCUACGAAGGACCUCCUUACUGAAGGCCAACGCAUCGCAUAUGUCGGUCUCGUACGUGUGUCCAUGUACCAGAUGACAAAGUAUCUCGAAGGACUCGACAAAACUCGGUCCACAAAGAAACAACUCGACAUUGCUAUAGAGUCCAUGCAGAUGUGGGGUCAGAAGAUCAUGGUUCGGUUGUACAGUCACAUGGAUCUGGAUGCUGCAGAGCAGAUCAUGAUUGAGCAACUCGCUGAACACGGUGUCGAACCAGCAGAUCUGACAACCCCCCUAAUGCAGAACGCUAGAGUCAAGAAUCCCUCAAAGAAUACCGAGGACGCUCCCGUGUCAGCGAAUCUCUCCGACUCUCAAUCUCUGAAAUCUCCUCCACUCAGCCGUCCACACUCUCCACCGAUGCCUCCGCCAUACGAGCAAGAGGUACCGCCAGAUUAUUCUGUCAAGGACCCAUCAGAAUUGCCCGACACAAAGAGCAUCGACAUUGACCUGCGGUGGACUGUACUCUGUGACCUCUUCCUAGUGCUGGUCGCUGACAGCAUUUACGAUGGUCGCUCGAGGGCUCUUCUCGAGUUGGUCGGGAAUGCUCUCUCAGUGGACUGGCUGGAGAUCUGCCGAUUUGAGAAGCGCAUUACAGAUGCUCUGGAGAUGCAGCAAGAAGCUGACAAGGAGAAUUGGAAUGAGGACGAACACACCGACAAACGCCAAAAGAUGGCUCGGAAUAGGAGACUGGUCAUGAUGGGCCUUGCUACCGUGGGUGGAGGUCUUGUCAUUGGCCUGAGUGCCGGUCUUCUAGCCCCUGUUAUCGGUGCUGGUCUUGCUGCAGGUUUCACGACCAUCGGAGUUGCUGGAACAAGUACCUUCCUCGGAGGUGUCGGUGGCGCAGCUCUAAUCACAUCAAUUGGCGUUACGACCGGAGGUACCAUUGCAGUUCGUGCAAGUAACAGGCGAACAGGCCCAGUAAAAACUUUCGAGUAUCGACCACUUCACAACAACAAACGUGUCAACCUCAUCGUCACCGUGGCCGGCUGGAUGACAGGCAAGGUCGAUGACGUUCGUUUACCUUUCAGUACGGUCAAUCCUAUCAUGGGUGAUAUUUACAGUGUACACUGGGAGCCAGAAAUGUUGCAAAGUAUGGGUCAAACCAUCAACAUCCUUGCAACUGAGGUACGUCAAUGUUGUUCGUUUUUACAAUCACAUACAGUCAUACUAACAGUCGUANNGGCUCUUACCCAAGGACUUCAACAGAUACUUGGCAGCACACUGCUUACUGCUCUCAUGUCUGCCAUGUCACUACCACUUGUGCUUACGAAGUUGUCAUAUCUAAUCGACAACCCGUGGAGUGUAUCGAUGGCUCGUGCCGACAUGGCUGGUCUCAUUCUCGCUGAUUCUCUCAUCGAUCGCAAUCUCGGCGUGCGACCAGUCACCCUCGUUGGUUUCUCCCUAGGUUCUCGUGUUAUCUAUGCCUGCCUCAGAGAGCUCGCCAAUCGCGGAGCAUACGGCAUUGUUCAGAACGUCUACGUGUUUGGCAGCCCAGUAGUGUUCAAAAAGGAUGAAUAUAUCAAAGCAAAGUCAGUCGUUGCAGGAAGGUUCGUCAACGGCUACGCUACCAACGAUUGGAUUUUGGGCUACCUAUUCCGCGCCACUGCAGGAGGUAUCAUGAGGGUUGCUGGACUUGCUUCGGUCGACAUACCAGGUGUGGAGAAUUACAACGUGACGGAAACCGUUGCAGGUCACAUGGCAUACCGUAAAGCCAUGCCCAAGCUCCUCAAAGAAGUUGGCUGGGUGGUGGAUAGCGAAGAAUUCUCUGAAAUCGAGGAUCCGGAUCCGGACAACCACGAAAUGAGACAACGAGAACUCAUCAAUGAGAUCGAAGAGGCCAGGAAAGCUCUCGAGAAGAAGCCUGAAAAGAAGGGCUUCAAGGCACUCUUCAGCCGAAACAAGAAGAAUGCAGAGAAGAAGGAGUGGGAGACAUAUGACGAGAAAAUCAAGGCUGGACCGGCGGAUGAGUCUGCUGAUGGAUCCAAUCAAGGAACACUUUUCGACAUUGAUGCUCUUCAGCACGAGGUCGCUACACUUGCAGCUCAAGGCGUUGAGAUCAAAGAGAUCAAGGGUACAUUGCCUCCAAUGAGAAUCGACACCACAGUCAACCCCAUCAAUGGCGAUGGGUUGAAGAGCCCGCCUCCAGGUCUUAGGCAGACCAAGAGCUUCAGUGGCUUCUCAGACGGGGCUCGAGAUCCAUCGAGUAGUAUCAGCCAAACAAACGGAACAAACAGAAACCAGCAGUACGACUACGACGAAUUCGAGUAUAACGCUCAGAACGAUCCUCAGAUAUCAAUGACUUUUGAAAGCCCCGAACGGCCGCGACCAACAUUUGGCGACCGUCAAGCCACGAUGCAUGGAUCGCCUACAACCUCACCAUCAUCGUCGCAGCUUCCGAUCAGACCUGCAUUGCAGUCGUCAAACACAAUGCCUGUCUCAAGUCGAUCAGUAUCGAACAACACGCCCAUGUCUCUCGAGAGAAACGCGUGGGUCGACGAUGAGGAUGAGUUUGGAAAGGAAAAGGAAAUGUCGAUGACGUUUGAGUAG